UAUUUACGAUCAGGAUAAAAUAAUUCUACGCUGCUGCCAAAUAAAAGACGAGUUAAAAUUAACUAACUGGAUCCUUAACAACCAUUCUAAGAGGCAGAUAUUAUUAUCCCACUUUAUGCGUGAAGGCCCAGAACUCGGGCAAGGGCGGCGCACUCAGUACGCUCUUCCAAGCAUCUGGGCACACCCGGUCCACUACAGCCCUACAGAGUCGGACGUGAGCACGGGCGAAGGCGUCAGCCGGGUCUGCGCGGGAGUCACUGACCACACCCGGGCGAGAGCCGGCUUUCCGGUGCCGCCACAUUCCGGGGACCAGGCUCCGGGCCCUUCAGAGCAUUUGGGGCGGGCGACGGAGGUCCUGUCCACUCUCGCUUGGGUGCAGAAGGGCGCGGCGGUGCCGGGAAGCCGCCUUGGAAGUUCCAAGAUUAGCUCAAACUCCGCGCAGCCGAGCGCAGGUGCUGGGGCACUCGCCGCCUCCACGCAGACCUGGGGACAGUCCCGGAAGCCGGGGACCUGGCUCCGCCCCAGCCCGCGCCGUCGCCCACCGGCAGCAGCCAGGCCUCUUCCCUGGCCCCGGGAGCCCGCGCCGCGCCCUUCGCUCGCGCGUUCCAGUCCAGGCUACGAGCAGACACCCUCUCCAGAGCCCAGCAAGUGUGAGGGACUGAUGGAGAAGUAUGUGGCUGCUAUGGUGCUAAGUGCAGCUGGAGAUUCCCUGGGAUACUACAAUGGGAAGUGGGAGUUCCUCCAGGAUGGGGAGAAGAUACACCGGCAGUUGGCCCAGCUGGGCGGCUUGGAUGCCCUAGAUGUGGGAAGGUGGAGAGUUAGUGAUGACACAGUGAUGCACUUGGCCACAGCAGAAGCUCUUGUGGAAGCUGGGAAAGCCCCUAAGUUGACUCAACUGUAUUACCUCCUUGCUAAGCAUUACCAAGAUUGCAUGGAAGACAUGGAUGGACGGGCACCAGGUAAUGCCUCGAUGCACAACGCCAUGCAGCUGAAGCCUGGCAAGCCCAAUGGCUGGAGAAUUCCCUUCAACAGCCAUGAGGGCGGCUGUGGGGCUGCCAUGCGGGCCAUGUGCAUCGGUCUCAGGUUCCCACACCAUAGCCAGCUGGACACGCUGAUCCAAGUGAGCAUCGAGAGCGGUCGGAUGACCCACCACCACCCAACAGGCUACCUGGGGGCCCUUGCGUCCGCUCUUUUUACAGCCUAUGCUGUGAAUGCCAGACCACCCUUGCAGUGGGGAAAAGGACUGAUGGAGCUGCUACCAGAAGCUAAAAAGUACAUUGUCCAAUCAGGCUACUUUGUAGAGGAAAAUCUUCAACACUGGUCCUACUUCCAAACCAAAUGGGAAAAUUACCUAAAACUUAGAGGGAUUUUGGAUGGAGAAUCAGCCCCUACCUUCCCCGAGCCCUUCGGUGUGAAGGAGAGGGAUCAGUUCUACACCUCCCUGAGCUACUCUGGCUGGGGUGGCAGCAGUGGGCAUGAUGCCCCCAUGAUUGCCUACGAUGCUGUCCUUGCCGCGGGAGACUCCUGGAAGGAGCUUGCCCACCGAGCCUUUUUCCAUGGUGGAGACAGUGAUUCUACAGCUGCCAUUGCUGGCUGCUGGUGGGGAGUUAUGUACGGUUUUAAAGGAGUGAGUCCCUCCAACUAUGAGAAACUAGAAUACAGAAACCGGCUGGAAGAGACAGCUAGGGCUUUAUAUUCUCUUGGGUCAAAAGAAGACACUGUAAUUUCCCUUUAGGAGACGUGAUGUUCAUUUCUGAUGGAUUCUUCUUUUGUGUAUUUCCUUUUCUGCUAUUUCUUUUCACUUUUUCCAAAGUCAAGAGUCUUAACCUUGUACUCAGGGAAUUUUGAGAUAACAAGUCCCUUGGGCACCUUGAGCUCAGUGUUUUCAGGCUCAUCCUUUUCUUCCAGAAUCUAUCCCUGUUCUUACACUGAAGAGUCUUUUCACUCAGUUGAUGGAGUCGGUGUCUCCCAACCAAAAAAUCUCAUAACCUCAUAUUUGAGUCUUCAUUUUCAUCAUGUACUUGUUCUAAAAGUUUUUUCUGUUUGUCUCAAGUUGGGUUCCCACAAAGUGGACUUUGAGACAAAGAUCAGAAUGCAAGCAGUUUAUCUGGGAGAUGAUUCCAGGAAAUACCGAUAUGAGAAUGCGGAAAUGAAACCAGGAAGGGAAAGGAGCUAGUACCGGGUAUGUCAAUGAGCAGGUUUCCACUGUGAGCAGUUGGCACUCUGCCAUCUGAGUCUUCUGCCUAAAGCAGUCCUCAGAACUAUCCCAUUUGAAGAGCAAGCAAACCUGGGGUAUCUAUCCACUGACUUCCAUCUGACACUGCUUGAGGACCACUGCCAGGGGUGCUAAUCCCUGGUACUUCUUGGCUUGCCCUUUGAACAAACCAAACCUGAGUGUCUUCAGGUAAAGACUCAGAGAUACUUGCAGGGGCAAGCUGUAAGGGGCAUGGGAACAGUGAGGGAUAUAUGUGGGGUCCUAACAAUAUCUGCUAGGCCGGUCUACCUCCUAAAUAUACUCUAAAUCUAUCACCUCUAUUACCUUCUUGCCCUGAGGAUUUUUCAGCUGGAUUUCUGCAAGCCAAGCUACUCCAGUCUGGGACAUGCUGCUCUGAGCUGCUCUCAGUACUCUCCUCAUCAUGGCAGUUAACACGUUACCAAUUUUGUUAUUAUCUAUUUGCUUGUUUGUAUUAUUUCUAGACAGAACCUAGCACAGUGCUUGGGCAGCCAAUAGGCAUUAAUCAGUAUCUAUUGAGUGUUAUGAACUAGCCUCCUAGCUUGUGCUUCCCUUAUUACCCUCCAGAGUUAUGUUUACAAAUAACAAAUUGACCAUGCUAAACUAAUCAUGGUCUAAUCAUGUUCUUCAUUUCUUGAUGCUCUUCCCAAUCCUUGUCUACCUGAUAAUAAAUUCUUACUUGUCCUUCCAGACCCAACUCAGAUAGAUAGAGCUUCCUAGGUGAAACCUGCUCUGAUUGUUCAGGCACUUGGCCACCUUCUCUUCACUCCUCCCACAACCUUCUGUCCUGGCCUUGUCACUGCAUCAAUCCUGUUGUGUGGUGCUGUGUGUCUUCUGCGUCAGUCCUAGGCACAGGCUGCCCAGCAGAUGUCCACCUGGGAAAUGAGAUGCCAUCAUCACGUUCAUUUGGUCACCCUCAGUCCAGCCUGUGCCUGGACUGGAGAGUAAGUGGGCUUACUCUCAUUUGGCCUAUUCUCAGGGGUGGGAAGGAAGAGCGUCUCCUCCUUCUCCUUUUGAGAAAACCACAAAACUAUGACUCAUGAUUUUUCCUUUGUGAAAUCCCUGGUUUUCAGCUGGGAGUGGUGGGGAAAUGAGGUCUGAUGAUAGCUGUCCUGCCACCUUCUGGUUUGUCCCAUAGGAAUGUUUUUCGAGGUCCUUCCAGUCUUUUUAGAAUGUGGUGGAGGAGGGUUGUGUGUGUCGCAGGGGGUAGGGGUUAGGGGAUGCAGGGAGGAUCUUAGCAUUUGUUGUUUUCUAGUGCAGGGCUUUAGCCACAAUUGUAAACAAGAGGAAAACGCUCUUUAGGGAUCCUAUUAGAUUUGCUUUGCCGAUUGUCACUCUUCCUUACAGGCACAUUUCAAAAAGAGGUUAGACUUUCAGACUUCUUUUUUCUCAAACCUCAAAACCUCCACCCAAACUUCACUCUCAGCUGGUGACUUUGCUUCCUUGUGUGUGUGUGUGUGUGUCAGAGAAAGAGAGAGAGAGAGAAGGGAGGAUGAAAACGAAUGGGGGAAAGAGAUGAACUUUAUGCAUAACGUUAGGGUAAAUCAAUAAAGAUGGUCUGACACAUUGUA